AGACUUUCAAAAAGCACUCAAAAUUUAGCAAUUCUGUAAAAAAUAAAAACCCUAGCCCAAAUUCCUAUUUAUAAAUAAAAAUCCAAACUUUCAAAACUAUCCCUGUCACUCUUACACUCACCUUGUUGUCCAUGUCCCAAAAAUCCCCAUCAGUUCAAUCUGAGAAGAAGAAGUACAAAGAUGGGUUUUUUGGUGAUAUAAUGAUGCUACCUAAAGUGCUUUUGCCUGAGAAAGAUGCUGUGCCCUCUCCUUUUGAGCUUCGUUUUCAGCUUCCAGAUUUCAGGGCUGCCAUUCAGGAUGUUGUGAAGUCGAGAGAAGUUGGAGAAUUUCUCAGUGGCGCUUUAGCAGGGGCAAUGACUAAAGCUGUUCUUGCUCCUCUCGAGACCAUCAGGACAAGGAUGGUGGUUGGUGUUGGACCCAAAAAUAUUUCUGGUAGUUUCAUUGAGAUCAUAGAACAGCAGGGUUGGCAAGGACUGUGGGCUGGCAAUGGAAUCAAUAUGCUUCGUAUAAUUCCUACCCAAGCAAUCGAGCUUGGAACAUUUGAGUGUGUAAAGCGAGCAAUGACAUCAGCACAAGAGAAAUGGAAUAAAGAGGAAUGCCCAAAGAUGCAAAUUGGUCAUGUCACUCUGAACUUUUCUCUCAACUGGAUUUCUCCAAUUGCUGUGGCUGGUGCAGCUGCAGGAGUUGUUAGUACACUUAUGUGCCAUCCUCUUGAAGUUUUAAAGGAUCGAUUGACUGUGAGUCGUGACAUAUAUCCUUGUUUAACUGUUGCAAUCAGCAAGAUUUACAAGGAUGGUGGGGUCGGUGCUUUUUAUGCUGGUAUUUCACCUACCCUGAUUGGGAUGCUCCCAUACAGUACAUGUUACUAUUUCAUGUACGAGACAAUGAAGAAAUCGUACUGCGAAUCAAAGAAGAAAAAGGCAUUAAAUCGACCAGAGAUGCUCCUUCUCGGAGCUCUUUCAGGUUUGACGGCUAGCACCAUCAGCUUUCCUUUGGAGGUUGCCAGAAAGCGGUUGAUGGUAGGGGCUUUGCGGGGUAAAUGUCCACCGCACAUGGCAGCGGCACUUUCUGAAGUCAUUCGGGAGGAGGGCUUGAUGGGCCUUUACAGGGGAUGGGGUGCAAGCUGUUUAAAAGUCAUGCCAGCGUCUGGCAUAACCUGGAUGUUCUAUGAAGCUUGGAAAGACAUACUUAUCUCUGAGAAAGUUUUCUUAUGACAAAUCUAGCAAAAUUUGGCCACAGGUUAUAGAUGGUUUUUUUUUUCUCAGAAUUCUGACGUCGACGGUGCUUGUGUGCCAGUAAAGCCAGUGGAUAAUACACCAAUGACAAUCUGACAUGAUUCAGCGACAAUCAGGGUUGUGAUUGAUUGCAGGGGAGGGCUGCAUUUUUCUUAGAGCCCAUUGCAAUGCCGAACCAGAAUUUUUUAUCGAACUUCUACUUAUGGCAUUUCAUAAAGAUUUAAAUACAUCUAUCAGUAAUUUUCUUAUAUCAAUUAAGGAAUGUUUCCUGUAAGCGCCUGAUUUGUUCUUCGGAGUCUUUUGGGUUCUUUCUGUUUUUCUUUUAAUGUUUUUUUCUCAUUAAAAUGUCAGGAAAAGUAAUUGCUUUUGUAUUUAUACGUCAUAGAAGGUGAAAUGUUGAAGGUCUUGAGAAUUCAGAUU